CUCCGAAAGGGCGGGAGUUUGGGGGGCGGGGCCUCCGCCCCAGCCACUCCGUGAGCCCCCGCUCCGCCUCCCCCGCCCGGCCUCAGCUGGAGCUUCACCGACUCCCGCGCUGAGGAGCACCCUGGGAACCUGCGGGAGCGGAGCGUGCUCCAGAGGAGGUCCAAGGGACAACAAUGAUUCGUGACCCUGCUGGAAGCAAACAGCCUCUGGCUACAUAAGGGCCUGUGGGCUUACUGUCUGGUUCCUCCAUGGAGACAGGCCGCCCCAGGCUGAACAACAUGAAGCCCCAACCACUGCAGCUGGUGCUAGAGGAGCAAGUGCUGGCGCUGCAGCAGCAGAUGGCAGAGAACCAAGCAGCCUCCUGGCGGAAGCUGAAGAGCUCCCAAGAGGCACAGCAGAGGCAAGCAACCCUUGUGAGGAAGCUGCAGGCCAAGGUGUUGCAGUACCGGAGCUGGAGCCAAGAGCUGGAGAAGCGGCUGGAAGCCACUGGGGCACCAAUCCCUCAGAGGUGGGAAAAUGUGGAGGAGCCAAACCUGGAACAGCUGCUAAUCCGAUUGGAGGAGGAGCAACAGAGGUGUGAGAGUCUAGCAGAGGUGAACACCCAGCUUCGGCUGCACAUGGAAAAAGCUGACGUGGUGAAUAAAGCGCUUCGGGAAGAUGUGGAAAAAUUGACAGUAGACUGGAGCCGGGCCCGGGAUGAGCUAAUGAGGAAGGAGAGCCAGUGGCAGAUGGAGCAGGAGUUCUUCAAGGGCUACCUGAAAGGGGAGCAUGGUCGCCUUCUCAGUCUAUGGCGGGAGGUGGUGACCUUCCGACGUCACUUUCUGGAAAUGAAGUCAGCCACUGACAGAGACCUGAUGGAGCUCAAGGCUGAGCACGUGAAGCUCUCUGGGUCCCUGUUGACCUGUUGUCUGCGCUUGACUGUGGGAGCACCACAGGCCCGGGAAUCCACUGGAUCUGGGAGGCUCAAUGGGAGUGAACCAUCCCAGCUGAUGCUGCUACUGUCUAAGACCCAGGAGCUGGAGAAGGAAGCCCAUAAAAGGAGCCAGGAGUUAAUACAGCUUAAGAGUCAAGGGGAUCUGGAGAAGGCUGAGCUUCAGGAUCGGGUGACCGAGCUUUCUGCUCUGCUGACCCAGUCUCAGAAGCAGAAUGAAGAUUAUGAAAAGAUGGUAAAGGCUCUGAGAGAGACAAUGAAGAUCCUGGAGGCAAAUCAUGCAGAGUUAAUGGAACAUGAGGCAUCUCUUAGUAGGAAUGCCCAAGAGGAGAGGCUGUCUUUACAGCAAGUGAUCAAGGAUAUAACCCAGGCCAUGGUAGAAGAAGGGGACCAUAUGGCCCAAGGUUCUGGUCACGAGCACUCCUUGGACUUGGAUCCUAGUGGCUUCUUCUCCCAGUUUGAUUCCCAGCAGCCAGACAAGGCCCUCACUCUGGUGCGUUCUGUGUUGACUCAGAGACGCCAGGCUGUGCAGGACCUAAAGCAGCAGCUUUCAGGCUGUCAGGAAGCUGUGAGCUCCUUGCAGCAGCAGCAUCAUCAGUGGGAGGAAGAGGGUGAGGCCUUGAGACAGCGGCUGCAGAAGCUCACCGGGGAGCGGGACACCCUGGCAGGGCAGACUGUGGGCCUGCAGGGGGAGGUGGACUCUCUGAGCAGGGAGCGAGAGCUCCUGCAAAAGACCAGGGAGGAGCUGCAGCAGCAGCUGGAGGUGCUGGAGCAGGAGGCCUGGCGACUACGGAGGACAAACAUGGAGCUUCAGCUGCAGGGCGACUCUGCUCAGGGCGAGAAGGAGGAGCAGCAGGAGGAGCUGCACCUGGCUGUCCGAGAACGGGAGCGCCUUCAGGAGAUGCUGGCGAGCCUGGAAGCCAAACAGUCAGAAUCUCUCAGUGAACUGAUCACCCUUCGGGAAGCCCUGGAGUCUAGUCGCCUAGAAGGGGAGUUGCUGAGGCAAGAGCAAACAGAAGUGACUGCUGCGCUAGCAAAGGCAGAACAGUCUAUUGUGGAGCUGUCAAGUUCUGAGAACAGCCUAAAGGCUGAGGUAGCUGAUCUUCGGGCUGCAGCUGUCAAGCUCAGUGCCUUAAAUGAGGCUUUGGCCUUAGAUAAAGUUGGACUGAACCAGCAGCUUCUCCAGUUAGAACAGCAGAACCAGUCUGUGUGCAGCAGGAUGGAGGCAGCAGAGCAGGCAAGAAGCGCUUUGCAGGUGGGCCUGGCAGAGGUGGAGAGGAGCAGGGAAGCGCUGUGGGAAAAGAACACUCACCUGGAGGCUCAGCUGCAAAAAGCAGAGGCGGCCAGGGCUGAGCUGCAGGCAGAUCUCAGGGGCGUCCAGGAAGAGAAGGAAGAAAUUCAAGAGAAACUAAGCGAGGCACAACACCAGCAGGAGGCAGUCUCAGUUCAGAUGGAGCAGCUGCGUCAGGAGGCAAAGCGGCAGGAAGAGGUGCUCACCCGGGAAGUCCAGGAGAAGGAGGCUCUGGUGCGGGAAAAGGCGGCUCUUGAAGUGCGGCUGCAGGCCGUGGAGCGGGACCGGCAGGACCUCUCUGAACAACUGCUGGGGCUCAGCUCGGCCAAGGAGCUUCUGGAGAACAGUCUGUUUGAGGCCCAGCAACAGAAUUCUCUGAUAGAAGUCACCAAGGGGCAGCUGGAGGUCCAGAUUCAAACUAUCACUCAAGCUAAGGAGGUAAUCCAAGGGGAAGUGAGGUGCCUACAGCUGGAACUGGAUACUGAACGGAGCCGGGCAGAACAGGAGCGGGAUGCUGCAACCAAACAGCUGGCCCAGGCUGAGCAAGAGGGGCAGACCGCCCUGCAGCAGCAGAAGUCAGCCCAUGAGGAGGAAGUGAAGGGGCUCCAGGAAAAAUGGGAGAAAGAGCGUGCCUGGCACCAGCAGGAACUGGAUAAGGCUCUGAAGAGCCUUGAGAGGGAGAAAACGGAGCUGGAAAUGAGGCUGAGGGAGCAGCAGGCAGAAACAGAGGCCCUGCGGAUGCAGAGGGAAGAAGAACGGGCUGAGACCGAGAGCACCCUGCGCCAGAUGCAGCUCGAAACAGAGAAGGAGAGAAUGUCCCUCCUGGAGACAUUGCUGCAGACCCAGAAGGAGCUGGCAGAUGCCAGCCAACAACUGGAGCGGCUGAGGCAGGACAUGAAGGUUCAGAAGUUAAAGGAGCAGGAGACCACUGGGAUGCUGCAGACCCAGCUCCGGGAAGCUCAGAAGGAGCUGGAACAGGCAGCCCAGCAGCACAGAGACAGCCUUGCUGCCCUCCAAGAAGAAGGCCGUGCCCUGCUGCAGGAUAAGAUAGACCUGCACAAGCAGGUGGAGGACUUGAAGUCUCAGCUGGUUUCCAAGGAAGACUCCCAAAGGCUGGUAGACCAGGAAGUUCAGGAGAAGCUGAGAGAGGCCCAGGAAUGUAGCCGAAUUCAGAAGGAGCUGGAGAAAGAAAAAGCCAGCCUGACUCUGUUGCUGGUGGAAAAGGAACAGAGACUCCUUGGUUUACAAGAGGCUGACUCCAUUCGACAACAAGAGCUGAGCUCCCUGCGCCAGGACAUGCAGGAGGCCCAGGCAGGGCAGAAAGAGCUCAGCGCCCAGGUGGAAUUACUGAAGCAGGAGGUGAACGCAAAGGAGACUGACUUUCUGGCCCAGGAAGCGCGGCUGCUGGAAGAGCUGGAGGCAUCUCAAGUAACAGAGCAGCAGCUACGAGCUUCCUUGUGGGCCCAGGAAGCCAAGGCCGCACAACUACAGCUGCGACUGCGCAGCACAGAGAGCCAGCUGGAGGUGCUGCUGGCAGAGCAGCAGCCUGGGCACCAGGCCCAGGCCCAGCUGGCCAGCCUUUGUGCUGUCCUGCAGCAGGCCCUGGGGUCUGUUUGUGAGAGCAGGCCUGAGCUGAGUGGCGGGGGAGACUCUGCUCCCUCCCUCUGGGGCUCUGAGCCAGACCAGAAUGGAGCUAGGACCCUUCUCAAGAGAGGGCCCCUCCUGACAGCUCUCUCGGCUGAGGCGGUGGCCUCUGCCCUUCACAAGCUUAACCAAGACCUGUGGAAGACUCAGCAGGCCCGGGAUGAUCUGAGGGAUCAGGCCCAGAAGCUGGGACAACGUCUUACUGAAACAGAGGCCGAGAAAAGCCAGCUCCACACAGAGUUGCAGGCUCUGCAGAGGCAGCUCUCCCAGAACCAGGAAGAGAGAUCCAAGUGGGAAGGAAAACAGAACUCCUUAGAAUCUGAGCUGGUGGAACUGCAUGAAACUGUGACAUCCUUACAGAGUCGCCUACGGCGAGCAGAGCUGCAGGGAAUAGAAGCCCAGAAUGAGCGAGAGUUACUGCAGGCAGCCAAGGAGAACCUGACAGCCCAGGUGGAACACCUUCAAGCAUCUGUUGCAGAAGCCAGGGCUCAAGCAAGCGCUGCCGAGGUCCUGGAAGAAGACCUCAAAACUGCACGCUCAGCCCUGAAACUGAAAAGCGAGGAGGUGGAGAGUGAGCGUGAGCGAGCCCAGGCCCUACAGGAGCAGGGCGAGCUGAAGGUGGCCCAAGGGAAAGCUUUGCAGGAGAAUUUGGCUCACCUGACUCAGACCCUAUCUGAGAGAGAAGGGGAGGUGGAAACUUUGCAGGGAAGAAUCCAGGAGCUGGAGAAGCAACGGGAAAUGCAAAAGGCUGCUUUGGAGGUGCUGUCUUUGGACCUCAAAAAGAGGAACCAAGAGGUGGAUCUGCAGCAAGAACAGAUUCAGGAGCUGGAGGAGUGCAGAUCGGUUUUAGAGCAUCUCCCCAUGGCAGUCCAGGAGCGAGAGCAGAAGCUGACUCUGCAGAGGGAGCAGAUCAAGGAGCUCGAGAAGGACCGAGAGACACAGAGGAACAUCUUGGAGCAUCAGCUUCUGGAACUUGAGAAGAAGGCCCAAGUGAUUGAGUCCCAGAAAGGACAGAUUCAGGAUCUGAAGAAGCAGCUGGUUACUCUGGAAUGCCUGGCCCUGGAACUAGAGGAAAACCAUCACAAAAUAGAGUGCCAGCAAAAGACGAUUGAGGAGCUGGAGGGCCAGAGGGAAAUGCAGAGGGCAGCUCUGACCCAUCUGACACUGGACCUGGAGGAAAGGAGCCAGGAGCUGCAGGUACAGGGCAGCCAGAUCCGGGAGCUAGAGAGUCACAACAGCCUCUUGUCAAGAGAGCUCCAGGAGAAGGACCAGGAGAUGACGUCCCAGCAAGACCAGACAGAGGAACUGCAGAGGCAGAAGGAGCAUUUGACACAGGACCUCAAGAGGCGGGAGCAGGAGAUAGUGCUACUGAAGGAGAGGAUUCAGGUCUUGGAAGAUCAGAGAACCCUACAGACCAAGAUCCUAGAGGAGGACCUGGAGCAGAUCAAACUGUCCUUGAGGGAGCGAGGCCGGGACCUGGCCUCGCAGAGGCAGCUGAUGCAGGAGCGGGCAGAGGAAGGGAAGGGCCAGAGUAAAACACAGCGCGGGAGCCUGGAGCACAUGAAGCUGAUCCUGCGUGAUAAGGAGAAGGAGGUGGAAUGCCAGCAGGAGCAUAUCCAGGAACUUCAGGAGCACAAGGCCCAGCUGGAGCAGCAGCUCCAGGGCUUACACAGGAAGAUGGGGGAGACCAGCCUUCUCCUGACCCAGCGGGAGCAGGAGAUAGUGGCUCUGCAGCGGCACCUGCAGGAAGCCAGGGAACAGGGAGAACUGAAAGAGCAGUCACUUCAAGGUCAGCUGGAAGAGGCCCAGAGGGUGCUGGCCCGGAGGGACCAGGAGCUCGAGGCCCUGCAGCAGCAGCAGGCCCAGGGCCAGGAGGAGAAUGUGAUGGAAAAGGCGGGCUUACUGCAGAGAGAGCUGGAGCAGGCCCACGUGACACUGAAGGAGCGCCAGGCGGAGCUUGAGGAUCACAAGGAGCAUGUGAGAAGGCUCCAGGAAGAGCUGGCAGUGGAGGGGCAGCGGGUACAGGCCCUGGAGGAGGUGUUGAGUGACCUAAGGGCUGAAUCUCGGGAACAAGAGAAGGCCCUGCUGGCCCUCCAGCAGCAGUGUGCCGAGCAGGCCCAGGAACACGAGGCAGAGGCCAGGGCCCUGCAGGACAGCUGGCUGCAGGCAGAGGCUAUGCUCAAGGAACGGGACCAGGAACUGGAGGCCCUGCGGGCAGAGGGCCUGUCUUCCCAGCAUCGGGAGGAGGCUGCCUAUGGCCAGGUGGAGGCUCUGCAGGAGGCCCUCAGCAAGGCUCAGGCUGACCUGCAGGAGAAAGAGCAGCAUCUCCUUGGGCAGGCAGAACUGAGCCGCAGCCUAGAGGCCAGCACGGCUACCUUGCAGGCUGCCCUGGACUCCUGCCAGGCACAGUCCCGGCAGCUGGAGGAGGCCCUGAGGAAGCGGGAAGGUGAGGUCCAGGUCCGGGACCUCCAAUACCAGGAGGCCAUGCAGCAGCUCCAGCAGGCACUUGCCCAGAGGGAUGAAGAGCUGAGACAACAGAGGAAACAGGGGCAGCUCCUGGAGAAGUCUCUGGCCCAGAGCGGCCGAGAGGAUGCAACCCAAGAGAAGCAAGAACCAAAGCACGAGAGAGAAGAGGAAGAGAUGAGGAGCCUUCGUGAGAGUCUGCAGGAGCUACAGCUGACUCUAGCACAAAAGGAAGAGGAGAUCCUGGAGCUGAGGGAGGCCCAGCAGAGGAAGAGUCUGGAGGACUUGUCUCACAAAGGCUGCCCAAGGAAGGAGCCAGCUACAACAUUUGAUUCCUUAGGGCCCAGGCUGCAGCGGGAACUGGAGCGACUACAGGCAGCACUGAAGCAGACAGAAGCCAGGGAGAUCGAGUGGAGGGAGAAGGCCCAGGAUCUGGCGCUGUCCCUGGCCCAGAGCAAGGCCAGUGUCAGCGAUCUGCAGGAGGUAGCCCUGUUCCUGCAAGCAUCUGUUCUGGAGCGGGACUCAGAACAGCAGAGGCUGCAGGAUGAGUUGGAGCUCACCAAACUCACUCUGGAGAAAGAGCGACUCCACAGCCCAGGCCCGAGCAGCAGAGCAGAACGGGGGCCUAGAGGAGAGCCAGGUGUACAGCUGGGAGAGGUCUCGGGAGUGAAGACUGAGCCUAGUCCUGAGAUGGAGGAGAGGCAGCUCUGGGAACAGAGGCUUGAGCACCUGCAGCGAGCGGUGGCUCUCUUGGAGGUUGACCGAAGCCAGCUGCAACAUCAUAACGCCCAGCUGCGGACCACCCUGGAGCAGGUGGAGCGAGAGCGGAGGAAACUGAAGAGGGGUUCCAUGCGUGCAUUGCGGGCAGGGGACCUGGAGAGCGGUGAAGCCAUGGCACCAUCACCCAUGCAACAGGAUGGAAGAGGAAGGCAGAAGGGCUCCUCAGAUGCCAAGCACAUGGUUGAGCUGCAAAAAGAGGUGGCCCUCCUGCGAGCCCAGCUGGCCUUGGAGCGGAAGCAGAAGCAGGACUACAUUGCUCGCUCAGUUCAGACGAGCCGUGAGCUGGCGGACCUGCACCACGGCCUCUCUCACUCCCUUCUCGCUGUGGCCCAAGCCCCCGAGGCCACCGUCUUAGAGGCCGAGACCCGCAAGCUGGACGAGUCCCUGACUCAAAGCCUGACAUCCCCCGGGCCAGCAGUGCUGUGCCCCAGCUCCAGUGCUGCUCAGACUGCCUCUAGGUAGCAGUCUCAGCCAGGGCAGGACGUGGGCCAGCCUGGGAGGCCACAGACACAUGGCUUGUCACCUGGGUCAUGGCCCCUCCACACAGCUGCAGGUUUGCCAAAGGAAGUUCUGGUUCUGUUACCCAACCUGGGAGCCCCAGGUCUGCUGGCAUUCCCAGGAAGAGGGAGGGAAACCUGCAAGGCUGGGAGAAGGCCCCGGCUCCCAUGGGAAUGAGGCAGGUCACAUUUGAUACUGGCCUGCAGUCAUCCACAGAGUGCCUUGCCCUGGCCACGGGGCGUCUACUGAAUCUCGUCCAGAACUCAUUACAAUACACCCUGGGUCUUUGUGUUUGUUCUCUGCUGCUGCCUCUACUGGGUAGCUGGGCAACAGCACAUCAAAGGCAUCUAUCAAGAAAGAAUUUGCUAAAGAUUCCUGUGAGAUGGCAUGAAUUUGUCAUCUGCCUGCGUUCUGAUAGAGAAGGGCUGCAGAAGAUACACAAGACAAAGCCCCUGUCCACAGGAAGCUUGAGCCCAACUGACAAGAACUGGCAGAACUUCAUUGAUGAGUUAUAGUUUCUGUGUGCCGACCAGAAGUGCUGUAGAAAUGCCAGCAGCUGAGGAAGGAAGGCAUGAACUGGCCCCUGAAGUCUGGAGAGGAGUUAGGAGGGGUUGCCUAAGCAUGCUGGUGAGAAAACUGGUCUGUGUGGCAGAGUGCACUGGGGCUGAGGUUAGAUGGGUAGGGAGGGAGGUGUUGGAGGUUCUUGGGAUCUAAAUUUGAACUCAUGGAUAAUGAGGACCCAUCACGUGUUCUUUACUUAAAACAUGUGCUGGCACUUCAAAAACACAGAGUUGACAUUUGGCUAAAGUCAGUCUCUUGAGUUCAGAA